GAACGCGCAAACAGGGCCUGAUUGACCUUGCAACACCUCGUUUUGCCAGCAUUGCCCAAUCACGAAACCUGCUUUCAACACACCCUCGUGUUCUUCCGGCCUGGGUUGACGUCGACACUGCCGCUGAAGGAUGUGCGCCGUAGAGUCCACGCCCGUGCUCGGCGACAGCUCUGCCUUCACAUCGCAUGCAACUGGCGGAGGAACGGACGCGCACUGUUCCACUCAACGAUAUGGACAGCUGUCGCCCGGCCCUGCGCACACGUCCCUCCGAUCUUCGCAACCAUGCCAGUACCGCCGCAGAAACCUGUUAUUCCCUCCCCAGGCGAGUCUGUAGAAAGACCGUUGCGGUUUCUGGUCGUCGGAACCGCCGCUUUUGCAGCUCAUUCACCCUACUUCUUCUUCUCCUCCUGGGCCCCAGCCAUGAUCGCCUUGGACUGCAGAUCGCUAUCCUGACUCUGCCCUUCAUCAGCAACAACGUCUCUGUCCGGAGAAAUAAUUAUUGCUGACUCGAUCCUUGCUGCGGACACCUGGUAAACUAUUGGCAGGGCCUCUUUCUCUCCGUCUCAAGGAUUCAGUCCCGAGCUACUCUGUAUUGGGGUCUGGUUUUCUAUUCUUGACCUGAGUUCAGUGUCGUUGAAGAGCUCCAGAGGUUGCACCACCUCCGAAGCCCUCGAUUGCUAUCCAUUCGACUUUCUUCUUCUUCUUCUUCUUUUUGUUGCUGGCCUGUCUAUGCUCUGUUCCUAUCCUUCUCUCAUCGCUAGCCAACAAUCAAGCUCUUCUUUACCUGCUCCCACAUACGCCGAGAGUCAAGAAACAUUCCGUAUCAUCACAGAUGCGCACUGCCUACACCGUAGCAGCUUCAUUACCGUGCCCUUCGGUCGCAUCAGACCGUCGAUUUCUUCGUUGCAAUCACCACAGGGUGCUGCUGGUGUCAUAGUGCAAGCUCAUUGUCGCCAUUAUGAUCUGUCUUCAUGCUGGCCCUCCUAAACGGCCUUUAGUCGCCACUUUGGCCGUUUUCACCUUUUUCGCUCUCCUCUACCUUUCGCACCUGACAUGGAGAUCUACCGGGCGCUCGCGAAUCAAAUAUUCUGCCCCCAAACAUAGCUCGUCGAUCCCCCCAGCUGCUAACACGCCACUACGUCCGCCAGAGCUUGCUAAACCGGAAAACCUCACCAUCAGCGGAAUGGUAUUCUUUGGGCGCCGCAGCAGGGUCAGGUCUUUACACUGCUAUCUUGAGCGAAAUCUGGUCGAUAAUGGCGGCUGGCUGGACGAGGUCCGAUUCUUUGCCAACACCAAGGACAAAGAUGAUUUGGCAUUCCUAGACCAGAUCUUGAAGCGCUCCCCGCGAUAUAAGAAAAUCUUCAUCGAGAAACCUGUCUGGUGGCCUGACCACACAAAACUGUGGAGGCAAGUCGAAAGAGGCACCAUGUAUAUCAAGCUUGACGACGACAUUAUGUGGCUGGCAGAUGAUGCGAUUCCCAAUAUGGUCACCACGAAAUUACACAACCCUGACCUUUUGGCUGUUUCCGCAAACGUUAUCAACGGUCCUCCACUGAGCUUCCUACACUACCACCAUGACGCUCUUCAUCCAUAUUUUCCCGAACUGCUGCCGUCGAACAAGAAAGAUGAGCAGCCUGAUCCACGCCAGACUCCUAAGAACGAUACCGAGAAGCGCUCCCUUCCCAGCUGGCGUCCAUCGGAGCAUCCAUUCUGGGAGGGUCCCAACGACUUCGAAUGGCCUCUGGAGAACGAACCACCAAGCGACGGCCACCGAUGGCUUCGCGUCCAAGACGACAAGGCUUUGAACCGCACGCCCGUCGCCAAGUUGACCUACGAUUUCUGGGGUCCAACUUACGAGAGCUGGGCAAUCGCCGCGCAGCAGCACUACUCAUUGCUGGAAAACAUAGAGAAAAACACGCUUGACAGAUACAAAUUCUCGCCUCCGUGGAACAUGCGCGGAGAGCGGAUCAGAAUCAACGCACUCGCUAUACUAGGCGACGAUGUGCUGGACACGGAUGUUUACCAUUGGCCUGACAAUCGGGGUGAUGAGGAUAUGAUUGCCCUGGAUUUACCUAAGCAGCUUAAUAGACAUAUUCUCAUCGAAGGCAAAGCCCUCGCUGCACAUUUCAACUUUAUGCAUCAGGGGGCUCUCACGAAGACCGAUCUACUCGAUAGAUAUUACUCAUACGCAUUAGAUAAAGUCUGCAAACAGCCAUUUAUACCUUCUCCAUGAUGUUAAUACCUCUGCAUACCUUUUCUUUUUCCUCUCUUUUUUUCUUUUUUCUAAAAAAAAAAAAAAAAAAAAUUGGUGUUCAGGAUAUCCGCCUACACACUUUAUUAUAGUGAUAGUAGUGUGUUUUAAUUCUUUUUCUUUUCUUUUUUUUUUUUUUUUAAUAUGUUCGGGCAUGAUAACCAAUGUUUCUCAGAUUCGAUUCUCUGUAUUAUAUAUUUUCUUUAUGCUUCGGUCAUUUUGAACUCACAGGGUGGACAUGAAUGUUAUGACUGGCCAUUUGAGUGACGAUUUUGAGUGUGCUUUGUUUCUGUUUCUCAAUACGGAGUACUACAUGAAACACAUGGCUUGUGCUCUGCUGGAGUUUAGGAAAAGCUUCCACGGGACUUAUGUUGGGACUUUU